AUGCCUGGACUGCGGGAGGUCAUGGAACACCAAGCUGGGACGUACCCUGACAAGAAGAGCCUAUACGCCUGCGGCAUCUGCGAGGCUGUGUUUGAUGACUUCGCCCUCCGUCAAGAACACUUGCUUAACCAUCAGCAGAGCGGCAUGUCAAAGGAUGCUUGGACAAAGGACACCACGAUGCACAGCCUUCUCAGCUAUCCCUCCAUUUCCGCAACGUGGAACUUGCUCGUCAGUCAAACUGUCCCAUACUUGAACCCAGGUACUCUGUCGUGGAAUUGGUCCAACUGUAGGGCCACCGGGGCAAUGGAAGCGCUGGAGCACAAGCGCUUUAAUAAUAACCAGGAGCUUCGGGGCAUUCUGGAUGAUGUCCUCGGAACCCUGGAUGAAAGGACGUUCGAUCAAGCUCUGUUUGCUGGUGUGGUCGAUGACUUCGACUGGGCGUUCAUUUGA